ACGCUGUCAGUCGUCAAGCGACUCAGCUCGAACACCUUGAAGCAGUCCAGUACGGGAAUUUGGCGACCACGAGUCGAGUGUUUUAUACAUAACGAGUCCUCAGAAACGCAGUCAGGAUCACACGAAAAGGCCGAAUUGAGUCAAGAAGGUUCACAAAAAAGCUCUGAGAUAUUUAACUUGGUAAAACCAAUCAACAAUCGAGUAGAGCAAACUGUUAAGGAUGAAGUGUUUGAUUGGAUCAAGGACGCAGUACGAAAGGUGGCUGAAGAGACGAUAACUACCAAGCUACACAACGAUUCUGAAUUGGAACUACAACCAGAACUGGAGACGAAAACCGGAAAUGAAGCCGCGAAGCCGACAAGCUAAAGCGGAAACGGAAGCUAUAACUAAAACUAAAGUUCCACCAAAAUUCCAGCAGUAUAACACAUUUAAAUAGAGUUUUCAUCCGACUACGAAAUUUUAGUUGAAAAAAUCGUAAUGUUCCUUCAACCAUAUUCAUUUUUCUUACCAAAAAUUUCACGCAACAAAUUGUAAAUCUUUCAGUACAAUAAAUGACCCGAAUUCAGCUUGCA